UCUCCUUUCCUUUCCUCUCCCUGGCAGAGCAGUGCCUCCCAGCCAUGGAAGGAAUGGAGUAGCCCUUGCAACUCUAGCCAUCUGCCCUUUCCAGGAGGAGGAUCCCCCUGUUCCUUGACUCGCUCUGUGUCGCUGCCCUCCUCCUCCAGCAGCAGCCAUGGGCAACGAAGCCAGCCUGGAGGGAGGCGAGGGCUUGGCUGGAGGGGAGCUCGGUGGGGAGGCCCCCUCGGAAGGGCCUCGGCUACCCUCCGGAGAGGCACCAGACCUGAGCCAGCUGAGCGAGGCGGAGAGGAGGCAGAUCGCGGCGGUGCUCUCCAGGGCCCAGGACCCCUCCCCAAGACAUGCUCAGCUUGAUAGCAGCCACCAUCCUAGACAACCAGGCAAGCCUCCAGAUUCUGGGCCACCCACUCUAAGCAAAAGCAGAACAGUUGAUACAUUGAAAACAGAGCAGCGAGUGCCAGGAAGGAGUCCAUCUUCCAUAAGUUUGAGACAGUCUACGUCAAGGACUGAUUUUAAAGAAGAUCAGAAGCCAAGUAUGAUGCCCAGUUUCCUCUCAGAUGCCAACCCAUUUGGCGCAGUCACCUCUGUUGUGAACAAAUUCAACCCUUUUGAUUUGAUAUCGGACUCAGAUACAGCCCAGGAAGAAGCUUCCAAGAAACAGAAACCUAUUCAGAAAGAACAGGAUAAACCUGGGCAACAAAAGGGACCCAGCAAGCAACCAGUGCAACAACAGUCUCCAAAGCCAACCGGUCCACAACAGGGGUCUGUCAAACCAGCCCCACAAAAAACAGCACCUCCCAAACAGGUGGUGCCACAGCAGCAGCAACAGCAGCAGCAACAACAACAACAACCCGGGGUGCCAAAACAGGCUCAGAAACCAGGGCCUGGCCAACAAGCAGGUCCACAGUCCGAAGAAGCAAAAAAACAGCAAGGGGCACCUAAAACCCAGCCCCAGCAAUCAGAGUCUACAAAAACUCCACCACAACAGCAGCAGCAGAGCCCUGCAAAACCGCCACCACAACAACCAGGAACAGCAAGAGCAUCACCGCAGCAAGCUAAUGCUAGUAAAACAUCAUCCCAGGUACCGACGCCCACAAAAGCUACUGUUGCCCAGCAAGGAAUAUCAACGGGCAAGCAGCCAUCUCAGCAGCCAGGAGGGCCUACAAAGCCUGCCCCUCAGUCAGCAGGGGCCAAUAAACAGGCAACACAACAGCAAGGAAGUGCUGCAAAGCCAGCUCCCCAGCAAACAGGGCCCACAAAGCAGCAAUUACAGCAGCCUGGAGAGCCUGCAAAGCCCUCAGCUCAACAGGCUGGGCCUACAAAGCAGCCGCAGCAUCAGGCAGAACCUACAAAACCUACUGGACAGAAACCUGGACCUGUCCAGCAAAAACCUGAGGCUUCACCUCCACAGGCUUCUCAACCUGGAGGAUCAGCCUCAAAGAAAACCUUUUGCCCUCUUUGCACUACCACUGAACUCCUGUUGCACACUCCUGAAAAAGCCAAUUACAAUACAUGUACUCAGUGUCAAACUGUAGUAUGCAGCCUGUGCGGGUUCAAUCCUAAUCCCCAUAUAACAGAGAUUAAAGAAUGGCUUUGUUUAAACUGCCAGAUGCAAAGAGCCUUAGGUGGUGACUUAGGUCCAGCUCCUGGCCCUGGACCACAGUCCUCUGCACCUAAACAAAAGAUGGCUGCUCCAACCACAGCAGGCAAACCACCUCCCCAGGCACAGCAACCUACACAGAAAAAAGAGAGUACUGUAAAGCCAGAUGCUACUCAAUCCCCUGAACACAAAAAGCCGCCGCCACCACAGACAAAGCAGCCAACCAUACCUAGUUCCACACCUGAAAAAGCAAAACCUCCUGCUCCUGAAACUCAACAAACAGAAUCUACACCCAAAUCUGAUCAGACCAAGCCAGCACCAGCUGAAGAUAAACAAAAGCAACCUCAUGUUCAGAAACCUAUAAGUGAUGUUGUACCCAAGCCUUCAGAAUUUGAUACCAAACAAGAUUCACCUGGCCCCAAACCUGCACCUGUCCAACAAAAGGUGGUACAUCCUCAGGGAUCAGAGGUUGCUAAGUCAUCCGAAGACACACCUCAAGAUAAAACUGUUCCUCCAGAUACCAAAACUUCACCUCAAGUGUCUCGGCAGAAGUCUGAUCCCAAGCUUGUUUCUCAACCUGGAUCUGGAAUUGAUACUAAAGUUCAAAAACAAACUGAGCCAGUGGAAGGCAAAGGAGAUCUUAAGAAAAUGCAGCCACAGAUGAGUCCUAAACCAGAUGCCAAGCAGGCACAAAAACCACAACAAGCAACCGUAGGCCCUAAACCCACCCAAUCUCAGCCUAAAGCCACCCAAUCUCAGCCACCAGCUCAGCCCCAACAAUCACAGAAAGCACCAGAGCAAUCUAGUCGAUUUAGUCUCAAUAUCGGAGGCUUUACAGAUUCUUCGAAAUCACAGCCUACCACACCUCAAGAAAGAGUGACUGGGAAGCUGUUUGGAUUUGGUGCUUCCAUUUUUAAUCAGGCUUCUAAUUUAAUCUCCACAGCAGGCCAGCAAGGAGCUCAGCCACAGGGCCCUCCAACUGGAUCUCCCUCAAAGCAACCACCUCCUCCGGCACAGCCCCCUGCAUCACAAAAAGACACCCGUCAUGUUCAACCACCUUCCAAAGCCACACCGAUGAAAAAAGAAACAAAGACUCCUGUGUCAGAAAAAGCAGAGCCACCCAAAGCUGAAGGCCUUGCCUCUGUUAAAGAGCCAGACUCUGAGAAGAAGGUUGCCCCUGCCAAAGACACUAAGUCUCCAGCUGUGGAUGCUAAGAAAAGUGCUGAUCCAACAAAAAUGGUUCAGUCUUCACUGCCAACAUCAGCUUGUCCUCUAUGUAAAACUGAAUUAAAUGUUGGUUCUAAAGAUCCUCCCAACUACAAUACCUGUACGGAAUGCAAGAAUGUAGUGUGCAAUCUCUGUGGAUUUAACCCAAUGCCACACAUAACAGAGGUACAAGAAUGGCUGUGUUUAAAUUGUCAGACAAAAAGAGCACUAUCUGGCCAACUUGGGGAUAUGGAUAAAACGACACCUCCAUUACUUUCAAAAUCAUCUCCCAAACCAUCAGCUGCUCCUCAAAGCCAAGUUAAAUCUGCUGAGACACCUCAACAACAGAAGGCUUCAGCAAGACCUGCUCAGAAUGAAAAAAGAGGACCAGAUAUUCAGAAAGAAGAUCCAGCAUCUCAGCAGGGCAAACCAGCAAAGGCAAUUUCUGCUGAUAAAAUACAAGAAAUUGUUCAAAAAGAACACACAACACCUCAACAAGAAAAGCUACCUAAAACAAUAUCAGCCGACAAACUGAGUCAAAGCAUUUCAGGGGAAGAUUCAGAAAUUCAAAAGGGAAAAAUAGGCAAGCCACCAUCUGCUGAUCAGGUUCCAAAAGAAGAAGCAAAAGUGGUCAGGAAAUCAUCUGCUGAUAAGCUUUUGGAAAUCGUUCAAAAGAAAGAGCCAAAGGAACUUGAACAUGUAUCUGAUAACAUUCAAAUUCAGAAGGAAGAUCCAAAGGUCCAGCAGAUCAGACUUUCAAAACCACCCUCUGCUGAUCAGAUUCGGAAGGAGGAUCCAAAGGUCCAGCAGGUCAAACUUUCAAAAACACCCUCUGCAGAUCAGAUUCGGAAGGAGGAUCCAAAGGUCCAGCAAGUCAAAUUGACAAAAGCACCCUCUGCUGAUCAAAUUCGGAAGGAGGACCCAAAGAUCCAGCAGGUCAAACUGGCAAAAGCACCCUCUGCUGAUCAGAUUCAGGAGGAUCCAAAGCUCCAGCAAGGAAAAUUUGUGAAAACACCAUCUGCUGAUAAGAUCCGACAGGAGGAUCCAAAGAUUCACCAAGAAAAACUGACAAAAGUGCCUUCAGACAGUGAAAUUAAGAAAGUUGAUCCAAAAAUUCAGCAAGCAAAACUGGCCAAAAUACCAUCUGCUGAUCACAUUCAGAAGGAGGACUCCAAACUAUUUAAAGCAAAAAUAGUGAAGACAGCCUCAGCUGAUCAGCUUCCUAAAGAUAAUAAAUUUCAAGAGAUGGAACUAGCAAACAUUCCUGUGGAAGAUUACAUUUCUUCAAAGACAAUUCAUGAUCAAACACAAGUGGCAAGAAGAAAAGAAGAUGACACCAAGUUUCCACUUUCACGAGAGUCACUCCAUUUAGCUGAAAGCAGACAAAAAGUAGCAGGGGAACAAUUUGAUGAAGAAAAGAUAGAACCCAAAGUGCUCCCAAAAACAAGGCAACAGGAAGACAUUAAGAGGGAAGAUUUAAUGAUGGACAUUCCAGAAAGCAUUUCCAAAGAUCAGAAAUCCCCCAAAGAAGAAACCUCUGCUCCUCCAGUACCAUUGCCAAAACCUGAUCAUGUGGAAGCAAUAAGAGAAAAGGCAGAGAAAGAAGAUGACAAGUCAGACGCAUCCAGUUCACAGCAGCAAAAAAGUCCACAAGGUCUAAGUGACACUGGAUAUUCAUCCGAUGGUAUCUCAAGUUCACUUGGUGAAAUUCCAAGUCUUAUCCAAAGUGAGGAAAAGGAUGUGCUGAAAGAAUCUUGUAAAAAGGAAAUACUUUCACAGGAAAGUAGCCCAACUAGUCCCUCAGAUCUUGCAAAGUUAGAAAGCACUGUCUUGUCAAUUUUAGAAGCUCAAGCAAGUACUCUUGCUGAAGAGAAGUCUGGAAAGUCCAAAGACAUUUAUGGUGUUUACAGUGAGCAUUCAAGAGUCCCACAUAAAACAAAAACCCAGCUUGGUGCACCAGAAUCCUACAGUGCUGAUGAGGAAGAUUUGGCAAAGCAAAAUAUUCAAGGAAAAUAUGGAGGAGCUCCUGAAGAAGGCGAUAAACAAGAUAUUCUAUCCCAGAAGAGCUACAAAGGGAAGACAGACACAAGAGAAGAUGCAUCAGCCAGAAGGCAACGCUAUGACUCUGUAGAAGAUAGCAGUGAGAGUGAGAAUUCACCUGUCCCACAGAGAAAAAGGCGGACUAGUGUUGGUUCUUCAAGCAGUGAUGACUACAAAGCAGAAGACAGCCCAGGUUCAGGUGAUGAUGAAGACUUCAUUCGAAAACAGAUCAUGGAAAUGAGUGCUGAUGAGGAUGCUUCAGGUUCUGAAGAUGAUGAAUUCAUCAGGAAUCAGCUGAAAGAAAUCAGUAUAACUGAUAGCCAUAAAAAAGAAGAAAUGAAGAAUAAAAAAGGAAUACCUGGAAAACAUAAGAGGAUGACACGUAAAAGCAGCACAGGUUAUGAAGACGAUACUAGCAGGCGCCAUUCUUGGCAUGAUGAUGAUGAUGAGACCUUUGAUGAAAGUCCAGAACCAAAAUACCGGGAAACAAAAAGUCAAGACAGUGAAGAAAUUAGUGUAACAGGAGGAGGUGGACUUCGUCGUUUCAAAACAAUAGACCUCAACAGCACCAUAACAAAUAAAUAUUCUGAGGAUUCUCAACAGCCAAAGAAGAGUCUAUAUUUUGAUGAAGAACCAGAAUUAGAGAUGGAAAGUCUUACAGAUUCACCAGAGGACAGGUCAAGGGGAGAGGGAUCUUCAAGUCUGCAUGCCUCUAGUUUCACCCCAGGUACAUCUCCUACAUCUGUCUCAUCUCUUGAUGAAGACAGUGACAGCAGCCCUAGUCACAAAAAAAUGGGUGGAGAAAGUAAGCAACAGCGUAAAGCCAGGCAUCGAACACAUGGACCUCUUCUUCCAACUAUUGAAGAUUCCUCUGAAGAAGAGGAGCUUAGGGAGGAGGAAGAGCUGCUAAAAGAGCAAGAGAAACAGCGUGAGCUAGAGCAGCAACAACAACAGCAGCAGCAGCAGCAGCAGCAACAGCAGCAGCAACAACAGCAGCAGCAAAAGAAGAGCUCGAGCAAAAAAUCUAAAAAAGACAAGGAUGAACUCAGAGCCCAGAGAAGAAGAGAACGGCCAAAAACACCACCAAGCAAUCUUUCACCCAUUGAAGAUGCUUCCCCAACAGAAGAAUUGCGGCAGGCAGCAGAAAUGGAGGAACUACAUCGAUCUUCCUGUUCCGAAUAUUCACCAAGUAUUGAGUCAGACCCCGAAACUUUUGAAAUCAGUCCAGAAAAAAUAAUCGAAGUACAGAAGGUUUAUAAAUUGCCUACAGCUGUGUCUUUAUAUUCUCCUACAGAAGAGCAGCCUGUUGGGGUUUUCAAAGAAGAGAGCAGUCAAAAGAUUUUAAAAAGCGCUGAAGAGGUAUAUGAAGAAAUCCUGCAAACAUCCCAUAAAGCCAAGAUAUUUCCAGAUGCAAGUGAAAAAGAUGAUGCGUUUGAAAAAGAGCCUUUAUAUGGUGGCAUGCUAAUAGAGGACUAUAUUUAUGAAUCUUUAGUAGAAGAUGCUUACAAUGGGACUAUGGAAGCUAGCCUCAUGACAAGACAAGAGGAAAGUGAAGAAUUUAAUCAACAGAAGGACAAAGAGAAAAAAUCAAAGCCUCUAGAUCAGAUAUAUGGAGAACCUAUGCAAAAGUCUAUUGAUGUACAAAAAGACUAUUACAGAAUAGAUCCUCUGUGUUCAGUUAUGCCACAAGAAGACAUUGUAUCUAGUUCUUACAUCAUGCCAGAAAGCCAUGAGAUAAUUGUAUUGGACAAUGUAGCACCUUCUGCAAGUGAUGAGAAGCAGUUGUUAGAUGCAGAUGCUGCUUAUGAGGAACUUAUGAAACGCCAAAGAAUGCAGUUAACUCCGGGUUCCAGUCCAACCCAGUCAUCUCCUAAAUCAAUAUCUGUAUCAGCUACAAAGACAAGUACAUCUGGAAAGGCAAAGGAUAGCACAUCCCUGAUAUUAAGUACAGCCUCAGUGGUUUCAGACAUAUCUUCAGUGAGUUCUGUAGUGCUUCCCAUUCCAGAUGUUAAAAUUACUCAACACUUUACAACUGAGGAAAUUGAAGAUGAAUAUCUCACAGAUUAUGUCCGGGAAAUUGAAGAAAUAAUUUCCCAGGAGACAUCCAUACUGACAUACUCAGAGGCCUCAGAAAGUGCCACAUCUGUUUUACCAUCAGAUACAUCAUCCCUUACAUCAUCAACAUCUUCAGUAUACACCACUGGUAGUUCUUCCCCUGUAGCUGGACCAGAUAGUAUAUCUCCAGGCUACAUAGAAACGGUGGAUACUAUUAGCAAGUUAUCAGAUUCAGAAGGGACAAGUUCAGUGACACAGGUUCCUAUAAGUUCCACAAAGGAGAGCAAUGAACCUGUCAUUUUAUCCCCUAAAGAGGAACAUUUAGAUGAAAAUGCAACCUACAUAGAUCAGAGUGUAGUUUUGACACCUAAAAUUGACUCCUUCAUGCCAACAUCUAUAGAAACAAAGCCACAACCCCUUGUCUCUGCUGCCUUGGAAACGUUCAGACUGGAAGAUGACAAAGCCCAAAAAGAUAUGGCAAAGUCUGAGACUAUGAAGGAGGUUUACAAAGAUGAACAGGCAAGAGUUCCUAUUAGUGUGACAAGAAAAGAUGUAACAGAUGCUAUUUCUGACCAGAAAUUUACACAUACAGCUCCAGAUACAGAGAUGGCACCAGUGUUUUCCUCUGUUCCUUCUAUUGUGUCUGUAUUGCCACCUGCAGCUUCUCCACUUCCCACUGUUACUUCCAAAACAUUCUCAUUUUUUCAAAGCUCCUCUUUUGAUUCUCCUGCUCAGCCAUCUCUAUCUCCACCUCAGGCGGUUCCACCUCCUCCUCCUGCUCAGCCAUCUUUACCACCACCACCGCCGCCACCUCCACCACCACCUCCUCCUCCUCCUCCCCCACCACCCCCACCUAUUCUGCCUAAGCCAGCUCUUUAUCCUAAAAAGAAACCACUGGCCAUGGCUUCAGUGACAACAGUUCCCAGCCUGAUACCAUCUGUCAGCAGUGUCAAAUCAGUAGAGACAUCUGCUAUUAAAACCAGCGGGCUGCCCAUCACAAAAAUAUACACAUCAACACCUCCUCCUGUCCCACCCAAACCAGCUUCAAUUCCAGCAGGACUGGUGUUCACUCACAGACCUAGUGAAGUAAUAAAACCACCCAUUGCUCCCAAACCAACAGUUCCUCAGUUACCAACAAUUAUUUAUAAACCAACAGAGAUAAAGCCAAAACCAGAUGGUUUGGCUUUAACCAGCAGUAUGACUUUGAACUUGGUUUCCCCUGUUGAGUACAAGUUGCCAUCCCCUACAUCCCCCUUAUCUCCACAUUCUAAUAAAUCUUCCCCAAGAUUAUCCAAAUCCUCUCAGGAAACUUAUGUUGUUAUCACAUUGCCCUCUGAACCUGGAACACCAACAGAGUCUAUUACUUGCCAGGCAAUUACCAGUUGGCCUUCGGGAUCACCCCACAAAGAACAGGUUCCACAGACUGUGCAGUCAUUAUUCACUCCAUCUAUGAGUACUCUGCAAACACAAAGCAUAAUUGAUCAAAGCAAGGACAUUACGGAUGCUUCACAGACUAUUUCUUCUAUUCCUUUCACUGCACGUUCAAUUUUUGAGAUAGUCCCUAGGUCAACAACAGAAUUAAUAACAACAGAGGUUGCCAGGACUAGUGUGUCUUUGAUCAAAAAUGGUGGAUCAAAUAGUGUUUCCAUAACUAUUCCUCCAGAACCCACUCAUAUAAUGGAGCCACCCAGAUAUAGAGAGAAUGGAAGAUUCCAUGUCUUUGGUGAUGUUAUUGAUCUUCGGACCUUGACUAAAAUGGACAUUGAAAGGCCAGACAGCUGUAUGGACCUAUCUGCACCACCUGCAGAUGUGAGAAGGCAAAUUAUGGCAAGUGACACUUCUGGGAGGCCAGUAAGUACUGUUCAGCCAGCUAUCAUAAACCUUAGCAUUGCAUCAGCAGCUGAUACUUCUUUAGCUUUAGUCCCUGGAACAAUUACAAUUGUGACUUGCACAACUACUGUAAGUUAUAGUACAAGCACAGAAAGUCUUGUAGAUUUAGGGCAUGCAAUGACAACUCCACUGCAACUAACAACAUCAAAACAUUUUGAUCCUGGAACUAGAGUAACAAGUAGUACGGCACUUUCUUCAGACAAAGAUGAAGUACCAAUAAAUCUGUCCCGUGGUAUUCCAGCACAUGCAGUCACAUGGGCCACUACAAAGCCCAUUACUGUACCUCCUGUAGGUGUAAAUAAUGGUUGGAUUGAUACUUCCACUGCUGCUGAACCAAUGGAAAUUGGAGCAGUUGACCUCAGCACCACAAAAUCCCAUAGAACCAUGGUAACGAUGGAUGAAAUGUCUUCAGGAAUUGUUACCACUGUAAUAGAAGAUGAUGAAAAGCCUGUGGACUUGACUGCAGGGAGAAGGGCUGUUUGUUGUGAUGUGAUUUACAAGUUACCAUUUGGCAAGAGCUGUACAGCUCAAGCACCAGCAACAACAUUGCCAGAAGAUCGUUUUGGUUACAGGGAUGAUCACUAUCAAUAUGACCGUUCAGGUUCCUAUGGUUAUAGAGGAAUUGGGGGUAUGAAACCUUCUAUGUCAGAUACAAAUUUAUCAGAAGCUGGACUGUUUUUGUACAAAAGCAAGAACACAUUUGAGUACCAAGCAACUGGAGCAACUGAUGUAGCAGUAGACUUAACCUCUGGCAAAAUAAUGACAGGUGAAAUUGUGGAUUACUCAAGCAAGAUUACUGGUCCUUACCCAGAGACUCGACAAGUGAUUUCUAGCAUUGGGAUCAGUGCACCUCAGUAUUCCCAAGCAAGAAUAGUAUCAUCCCUAGGCUCCCCUUAUGGCAUUGGAAGUGUUUUGAAAUCAUCUAAUGGGGUUGUAUAUUCUUCAGUUGCAACUCCAGUCCCAUCUACAUUUGCUAUCACUACACAGCCGGGUUCUAUUUUUAGUACUUCGGUUAGAGACCUGUCUGCUCUUCAUACAGUUGACACACUGCCCUCAUUAUCAAACUUGCAACAGAGCCAGGCACUUCCAAGAUCAUACAAUUUCUUGACAACUGUAGCCUCUGAAAAAGAUGGUUCAAUUACUGGUAUUGACAUUGACCCAGGGUUGCAACCUCUCCCUUUAGAAGCUAUUACCACUGAGCCAACAAACUUGAUGCCUGUUUUCACAACAUCUUCUGAGGCCUUUGUAGAUAUAAUUGAGGAUGAAGCUACACUCCUUAUUGCUCCUGGAGAAGGCAAACAGCAACAUCUUGACUUAGAACGUGAGCUUCUAGAGCUUGAGAAACUGAAGCAGCAACGCUUUGCAGAAGAGCUAGAGUGGGAACGCCAAGAAAUACAAAGAUUCAGAGAGCAAGAACAGUUUAUGGUUCAAAAAAAGCUUGAGGAGUUGCAUUCUAUGAAGCACCACCUCCUAUAUCAGCAAGAAGAAGAAAGACAAGCUCAGUUCAUGAUGAGGCAGGAAUCAUUAGUUCAACAACAAAUGCACAUUGAACAAAUUCAGCAGCUUCAACAUCAACUCCACCAGCACUUGGAAGAACAAAAAAUCCACCAGAUUUAUCAGUAUAAUUAUGACCCUUCUGGAACUGUAUCCCCACAAACAACCACAGAUCAAGUCAUUCUUGAAGGACAGUACAAUGCGGCCAACAGCCAGUUCUGGACUGGUGAUGAAGCUGCCACCACUUCUGCUGCCUUGGGGAUUGAAAUUCCACAGAGCCAAGCUUGGUACACUGUUCAGUCAGAUGGUGUUACACAAUACAUAUCCAGGCCUGGCAUCCUAAAUUCUGUUUCAGAGAUGUCUCUUAAAGACAUUGAUGCAAGAGAGGAAAAGCAGCUGAAAAAGAGGAGCUCCAUGCCAAAGCUCCGUGGCCCAUAUGAGGAAAUUGAUGAAACCUUGGAAGAAGACCCUAAGUGUCUAAAAAAGAUAGUGGAAAGUGGAGUUCAGACUGAUGAUGAGGAUAGUGCAGACUUGGGCUAUUCAGACAGGAGAAGGAGGAUGAAAAAGAGUGUAGAUACAAGUGUUCAGACAGAUGAUGAGGACCAAGAUGACUGGGAUCCUUCCAACAGGUCAAGAAGGAAGACUCAUGGGGGGAAAUAUGAAGGUACCACUGAGAUGGACAAGGCUAAGCCAUUUCCCAAAGUCUCCAGUAUUGCAGUGCAGACAGUUGCAGAGAUUUCUGUACAAACAGAGCCUGUAGGGAUGAUAAGAACACCAUCAGUGAGGGCCCAGUCAGAUGCAAAAAUAGAAAUAAUAAAACACAUUUCAGCUCCAGAAAAGACAUACAAAGGAGGGAGUUUGGGAUGUCAGACAGAAACAGACUCAGAUACACAAAGCCCCCCAUACCAGACAGAUACCUCCCCUCAGAAAGAUAAAAAACGCCCAACACCAUUAGAAAUAGGUUAUUCGUCCCAUCUCCGACCAGAGCCAACACUUCAGGUAGCCCCCUCCCCUCCCAAAUCCCCCAAAGUACUCUAUUCUCCCAUUUCACCUGUAUCUCCAGCUGCAGUUAUAGAGUCAGCCUUUGUACCCUAUGAAAAACCUGUUGCUGAAGACAUUAGUCCUCAGAAGAUUCUGAAUGCUGAUGUCACCACAAUUCCUCAGCUGAGCCCAAAGUCUGCCAAGGUGAUGCAGCGCUCUUUGUCUGAUCCUAAACCUCUGAGCCCAACAGCGGAAGACCCUUCCAGAGCUCAUUUCCAGUAUACCGAUGGUUUCUUGACUAAAGGAUCUUCAACUGCAGUGCCAUCAGGAAUGCAAAAGAAGGUCAAGAGGACUCUGCCCAACCCACCCCCAGAAGAUGUUACAGUAGGAACACAAUCAGCCUUCACCACUGUGGGGUCAAUUUCACGCCGAAGGAUCUGUAGGAGCAAUACUAUGGCCAGAGCUAAAAUCCUCCAGGAUAUAGACAGAGAACUGGAUUUGGUAGAACGAGAAUCUGCAAAGCUUCGGAAGAAGCAAGCAGAACUAGAUGAGGAAGAGAAAGAAAUAGAUGCAAAGCUUCGCUAUUUAGAAAUGGGCAUCAACCGACGGAAAGAAGCAUUGCUAAAAGAAAGAGAAAAAAGGGAACGUGCCUACCUUCAGGGAGUAGCAGAAGAGCGUGAUUAUAUGUCUGACAGUGAAGUUAGCAGUACGAGGCCUACCAGGAUAGAGUCUCAGCAUGGCUUGGAAAGACCACGAACUGCUCCACAAACAGAAUUUGACCAGUUUAUACCUCCACAGACCCAACCAGAAAAUCAGUUUGCAACUCCUACAAGUCCUUAUUCUCAGUAUCAAUACUCUUCACCUGCCCUUCCUACUCAAGCACCAACUCCAUACACACAGCAAUCUCAUUACCAGCAGCAGCCUUUAUAUCAACAGCAGGUUUCUCCUUAUCAGACACAGUCAGCAUUUCAAACUGUGGCAACCAUGUCUUUCACCCCACAAGCUCAGCCAUCACAAACCCAACAACCGUCCUAUCCACUCUCAUCACAAUUGAUGGUGAUCCCACAAAAAACAAGGCAAACCUCAUUAUACCUGGAGCCCAAGAUAACAACAAACUAUGAUGUGAUUCGCAACCAGCCACUCAUGAUAGCACCUGCAUCAUCUGAUAACACAUAUGCAGUAUCCCAUUUGGGUAGUAAAUAUAGUACCUUGGACUUGCGGUUGGGGCUAGAUGAGAGAAGCAGCAUGGCUAGUAGUCCCAUCUCUAGCAUUUCUGGUGACUCAUUCUAUGCAGACAUUGACCACCACACAGCACGCAAUUAUGUGCUACUAGAUGAUAUUGGGGAUAUUGGUAAAGGAACAUCAUCUCUGAGCUCUGCUUAUGGUCUGCAUGACAAGGAUCUGAGCAAGACUGAUAGGCUUCUUCGAACCACUGAAGCUCGGAGGGUGCAAGAAGUCUCAGAUUUCCUUGCACCACUGCAAACUUCUUCCCGGCUGCACAGCUACAUGAAAGCUGAUGAAGACCCUAUGGAAGACCCUUAUGAACUUAAGCUUCUAAAGCAUCAAAUUAAGCAAGAGUUCCGGAGGGGUGCUGAAAGUCUGGACCAUCUGGCAGGACUAUCCCAGUAUUACCAUGGAGAUACUAGCUACAGACAUUUCCCCAAAUCUGAGAAAUAUAGCAUAAGCAGGCUUACAUUAGAGAAACAAGCAGCCAAACAGCUCCCAGCAGCCAUCCUUUACCAGAAGCAAUCAAAGCAUAAGAAGGCCUUGUUAGAUCCCAAAUUGUCUAAAUUUUCACCCAUUCAAGAAAGCAGAGACCUUGAGCUUGAUUAUUCAACCUACUUGACUUCCAGCACAUCAUCACUUGGAGGCAUCACCUCCAGAGCUAGGCUUCUCCAGGAUGAUAUAACAUUUGGCCUCCGAAAAAAUAUCACAGACCAACAGAAAUAUAUGGGACCCACAUUAACACACUCCCUUGGUACAAGCCUAGGGGCUGCACUGAGUACAAGCAUGAGAUCCACGUUACAAGAUGAGGCUGACAAACCUUAUGGCAGUGGCAGUAGAUCUAGGCCUUCCUCCCGGCCAUCCUCAGUCUAUGGGCUUGACUUGUCACUAAAAAGAGAUUCCUCAAGCUCAUCUUUAAGACUGAAAGCUCAAGAACCUGAACCUCUAGAUGUUUCCUUCAGUCAUGCAGCCCCCUCUGGAAGAACUAAACCUACCAGUUUACCUAUCAGUCAGAGUAGAGGAAGAAUCCCAAUAGUAGCACAGAACUCUGAAGAAGAAAGUCCUUUAAGUCCUGUGGGCCAACCAAUGGGGAUGGCAAGAGCAGCAGCUGGACCAUUACCACCUAUAUCUGCAGACACCAGAGACCAGUUUGGAUCAAGCCAUUCAUUACCUGAAGUCCAACAGCAUAUGAGGGAAGAAUCACGAGCUCGAGGCUAUGACCGGGAUAUAGCCUUCAUCAUGGAUGACUUCCAACAUGCCAUGUCAGAUAGUGAAGCCUACCACCUGCGGCGAGAAGAAACAGAUUGGUUCGACAAGCCCCGGGAGUCUCGUUUGGAGAAUGGACAUGGUUAUGACAGAAGACUGCCAGACAAGCUAGCCCAUUCAAGGCCACCAAGUCAGCAUCAAGACCAAAUUAAUGGGAAGCCUAUCCAAUACAUCUUCCCUCAUGCAAGGCUGAAACUGCCAAGGGACCCAAAGGAUCACUCUGUUUCAGGCAAUGGACUUGGAAUCCGAAUUGUAGGCGGGAAAGAGAUUCCUGGAACCAAUGGAGAAAUUGGUGCUUACAUUGCUAAAAUCCUACCAGGUGGAAGUGCUGAGCAAACAGGGAAACUUAUGGAAGGGAUGCAGGUGCUGGAGUGGAAUGGCAUUCCCUUGACAGCCAAAACAUAUGAAGAAGUUCAGAGCAUCAUCAGUCAACAGAGUGGGGAAGCAGAAAUAUGUGUAAGACUGGAUAUCAGCAUGCUGUCAGAGGCAGAGAAUCCACAACACUUGGACUUGCUUGAGCCAGGAAAGCCUGCAGAGAAAACGAAAUCCCCAGGGGUUGACCCCAAGCAGUUGGCUGCAGAGCUGCAAAAGGUUUCUCUGCAACAGACCCCCCACAUUGCCUCUUCAGCAAUGGAAAAGGGUUCCCAUGCUCAUUCUGGCACGACAUCAGCCACUUCUAGUUCUGUUCCUAGCCCUGGGCAGCCUGGUUCUCCUUCUGUCAGCAAGAAAAGGCAUAGUAGCAAGCCUGCGGAAACUACCAAGCCUGCUUCCCAUCCAAUAACUGGAGAAAUUCAGCUUCAAGUCAACUAUGACAAACACCUUGGUAAUUUGAUCAUUCACAUUCUUCAAGCAAGAAACCUUGCUCCUCGUGACAACAAUGGCUAUUCUGACCCUUUUGUCAAAGUAUAUCUUCUACCAGGAAGAGGCCAAGUCAUGGUUGUCCAGAAUGCAAGUGUUGAGAACAAGAGGAGGACAAAGUAUGUGCAAAAAAGCUUGAAUCCUGAAUGGAACCAGACGGUUAUUUAUAAAAAUAUCUCCAUGGAGCAGCUGAAGAAGAAAACUCUUGAAGUUACUGUCUGGGACUAUGAUAGAUUUUCCUCGAAUGACUUCCUUGGUGAGGUCUUAAUUGAACUGUCUAGUUCUUCUCAGCUGGACAAUACUCCCAGGUGGUAUACUCUAAAAGAACAGAGUGAAAGUAUUGACCAUGGGAAAUCUCAUUCUGGUCAGAGCAGCCAACAGUCACCAAAACCAUCUGUCAUCAAAAGCAGAAGCCAUGGAAUUUUCCCUGACCCAUCAAAGGACAUGCAGGUGCCCACUAUUGAGAAGUCCCACAGCAGUCCAGGAAGCUCCAAGUCUUCCUCCGAAGGACACCUGCGCUCUCAUGGACCAUCUCGCAGCCAAAGCAAAACCAGCGUCACUCAAACCCACCUUGAAGACGCUGGGGCAGCCAUCGCUGCUGCUGAAGCAGCUGUCCAGCAGCUCCGCCUUCAACCAACAGCACAUAAAAGCGGUCAGUCUAAUCAUGCAAGGAAGCAGCACAGACACAGCAUAGCAGGAGUCCUCCCAAUUCAAAGAACUCAGUCUGACAAUCUGCCUCCACCAGCCAGUGACAACAAAGACCAAAGUCAACUAGCCCUCAGAAAAGUGAUGUCUGAUGGACCGGUCAAGCCUGAAGGAGCAAGGACUACCAACCACCGACCCGGAGAUAGUUCAGUCUCCUCGACUGGUUCAUCAGCCAGUACCUUUGGCAGUGGAUACAGCAUGGAUAGUGAAGGAAGUAGCAGUAGCACCACCACCACAGGGGACAACAAUUUGUUUCCCAUCCCAAGAAUAGGAAAGAUGAACCAGAAUGGACAAGAAGCAGUGAAGCAGUCAGGAAUAGGAUUAACAGAGGGUGAAGGUAAAACCCAGGUGAUGGGAGAAAUCAAGAUUGCCUUAAAGAAGGAAAUGAAGACAGAUGGAGAACAGCUAAUUGUGGAGAUCCUUCAAUGCAGGAAUAUCACCUACAAAUUUAAAUCACCAGAUCACUUACCUGAUCUGUAUGUGAAGCUGUAUGUUGUCAAUCUUGCAACACAAAAGAGAGUGAUCAAGAAGAAAACAAGAGUGUGCAGGCAUGACCGAGAACCUUCAUUCAAUGAAACGUUUAGAUUCAGUUUGAGCCCCACAGGACAUUCUCUCCAGAUUCUCCUCGUUUCUAAUGGGGGAAAGUUUAUGAAGAAGACCUUGAUUGGUGAGGCAUAUAUCUGGCUUGACAAAGUGGACCUCAGGAAAAGAAUAGUAAACUGGCACAAACUUUUGGUCAGCUCAACACAAACACAUUGAGCAAAGGUGUCAUCUUUGGGCACUGAGCAUUUGAAGAGUCUGCUUGCGUGAUUCCAAGACUCUACUUUGAUGUUGUGUUUAGUUAGGCUUUCAGAAUACGAAGUAUAGGGUGAAAACAAGUUCUGGGCUACUUAGCACACUUUCAUGAGGGCUAGUCAACAUGUUUUGCUGUGUUUAAAAAACACAGCAAAGACAAAACAACAACCACUCUAGGCUCAGAGUCUACUGAAGAUGAAAACUGACCUGAGGGCUCUGUGAUGUUAGAAUCCUUGGGGUGAUGAAGCAAAAGAAGAGCAUCCAUGCACUUGAGGGCAGGCGUUGAUGGAGACAAUUGGGCUGCAGCUAGAGGCAGAGUCUAUGGGAGAGUAAUCUGAUUCUUGGUGCAAUCAGAAAGGAGAUCAUUUUAUGCAAAAGCACCUAAGGUGACUGCCUUUCCAGUUCUCACUCAAGUGUGUUCUGCAUCUCUGACUAUUUGCUGUUGUGAGAGGGUGCCCCAGCAGGCAAAUGGCAGGAUAAAUUGUUUUUUAUUUUAAAUGGUGGCAAUUUCAUUUUUUUCUUCCAUAAUUAUAUGCUUUGGAGAAUAUGUUCAGACAGAAAAUCUCUGUGGUUCUCCACAUUAGUUGAGACAUGACGUGCAGAAAGCACAAGAAUAAUGGUCAUUUUGGAAAGAGUAAAAGCAUGGGGGGAGGUAUUUGACAGCAUAUCAUGAAAAGAAGAAUGGCAAGGAUUGUGUGGAUGAAAUUGCAGUUCAGCCUACUCUUUUUGAGUCAGUCGUUUACAAAAAAUGGAGUUGAUUCAAAGGGCUUUUAAGCACUGAGAUGGAUAUUGUUGCCUCAUUAUCUGUCUUGCCUUUAUAAACUUCGAGGUGUUGAUGUUUCAAAAUGUCUAGCAUGAAGUGCUCCAUGUGUUAGAUCCACCGUGCUAAUCUCUCCCUGCUCCUGUGGGGGUUCUAGGUCAAUAAAAGCAUUUUGUCAUCUUGAAGAAAUGACACACUGUAUCUCACAGUAUGUGUGAUUGUGUAUUACAGAUGUCUCAUAUGCAUCAAGUAGCAUAUAUGUUCACAAGUGGUGUUCCACUAAGGAAAUUGAAAAAUAUUGGAGGACGAACAUCUGCAACAUUGAACUGUAAAGCAAAAUGUUGCUUAUAAAAUGUAGGGAAAAGAUUUCUGACCCUGCAUAAUUUAUUGUCAUGGGCUAGAGACAUUAAAAAAUUAAGCUAAAUUUAUGGCUUCCUUGUGGACUAAGACAAAAAUGGAUACAUCAUAAUUCCCCUUUGCUAUGAUAAUUGGCUUUGUAUUUCUAUAAUGGAAAAUGGGCAAAAUGUAUGCCAAACCAUUCCAUGAAGCAAAACCACUAUUAGCAAGUAUCUAUAGUAGAUAACUGCAAGAAGAGCCUAAAGGUUGGUUUCAAUUAAGGCAGUGUUGGCCUGCAUAAUUCUUUUCAUAGGUGAGUUAAAGAAGCUUCUGAAAUGUAGUAAAUAAACUAAUAAAGCUAUGCAUGAAGCUGGAGCCAGCCUGAACAACCUCUUAUAAUUAUUUUAAGCAGUGAGCCCCUUGUCAACAGGGGAAAGAGGGGAAAGCCCCAAAUCCAAAAUAUAUGUUCCUGAAAGAAAUGGUUUAAAUAAAACUUUACGUUUCCACAAAGCAACACAUUUCCAGGCAAGAUAAAGCCAAGGUAGGGGCUCACUGAUUCAAUUUCACUUUCUAAUACAGAAUAUAUUUCUUUUUACCCCAGCUGUAAGAUGUGUAAUAACAUGUGUAAUGGGGAGGCAAAACAUAUGAGCACAGGAUUAACUGGCAUUCUUGCUCAGAUUUCAUCCACUUGUCUCCCAGUACAGGUAUCCAUUUCAGUCCAGUUCUUGGAAGCAAUUGCAUUGCCCUCCCUUAAAAAUGCUGUGUCACUUGGAAAUUGUCUGUUACUACCUAUCACAUCCACCAUACCCAGAGGCAAAUGAAAGGAAAGACAUAUUUCACCAGGUCUGAAUCUGUAUUUUCUGAAAAAUCCAGUUUCAAGUUCCAUUGUUAAGUGAUUUUUUUUAAUGGUGAGACAUGCAACGGAUGGCAAUUUUAUUUCAGCUAAGAAUUAUAAGGAAAGCUGUAAUUCUUACAGUGAUUGCCAUGGAAAUUUCAAACAGCAACAAGCACAAAGUAGAAAACUUACUACUAGCAAGCUGGUUGUUCUUAAAUGAUAAAGUUAGGCUGCUGUUGGAAUGUCCUGUUGCGCGGAUUGGGAAAGGCAUUCACGGAAAAAAAAGACUGCUUCCCAUUGUCAGCAGAUGAGAAUCUGCAAUGCUUUGUGCAUUUUCCUUAACUUAUUAUUUCUAUGGUGGUUUCAACUUCCCCUCAUUCAUUACCUCUUUCAGCCACCAGGCAUUGAUUCCAAAGCUGGCCAACAGCAUUCAGAGUCAUUGGAAUCAGAUCACUGUAAUGGACAUGCUAAGUUGAAUGUAUGUUGAUUGUAGGAAUGUGAGCUUGUUAAGAAAGGCAGCUUCUGUGAGACAUGGCAUGUUCCCCCCAAGAGGAUUAGAAUCUCCAUUCCUUUUAUAUUUAUCAUGUAUCACAAAGUGGUGAAAGUCUAGUCCAUCUGCUAAAUCAUGUUUACAUCUGUGCGAAGACUAGAGAUGCCUCCAAAGCGUGCCAAGUUUCCUUUGACCAAAUGUCUGGGCUGUACUGGAAUCAUUCUAUGCAAUGAUGAAUCACAUUUAAAUGCAGUUUUCUUUUUAUUAAUGAAGGCAACAAAACCCUUCUUGUGGCAAUUAUUUUUUUAAAGAAAAAAAAUCACAUGGGGACUUAGGGUAUUUAAGAAAAUGUAUAGAUAUUUCUGCCUUUUUGUGUUCCUCCUUGAAACACUUUUUUGUUUCUUCUGUUAAACAGAAGUGCUUACAUAUGGCAAGAACCUCUUAACUUGGGAUGAAUGAAAGUUACCCAGCUGUGGAUUUCUUUGAAACUGUGGAUUGUUGAUGGCACAAUGCGCUUUAUUUAGAAUGAAUGAAUAUAUAUAAUAUAUACACAUAUAUAUACAUAUAUAUAUGGCAAGUUUGCUGAGCUGAAGAUAAAACUUAUAUUGUACAAAAAGCCUUGUACAGUGGGGAAAGCUUGAAAUAUGAGCCAAAAGCACAGAAUGUAUGUGUAUUGACAAAUGACUGGUCAUUUCUUUAAAGGGGUUGUUUCUCUUUCUCCGUUCUGCUGAAUAACAGCCAGCUCUCACUUUAUUUCCAAACAAGGUGAAUGAGUUCCUGUGAUGAAUGUGGAACUAUUUUGUUGUUAUCAUAAUCCUUUAAAGGGAUAGUAUCCAGAAGCAAUAUAAAUGCUUUACAUUCUUUAUUAUAUCCCACUUCCCACCCCUGACAUUAUGUCACUGUUGCUUUAUGCCUUUCAGAAGAAGUAGGUACCUCACUGCAAGCACAUGGGAGGCAUUUCUGUUCACUUUACAUCAGGACCUUUCCUUGUCAGCCAAGUUCCUUUUCUUGAUGCCUGCUUGUUGGAACAAUUUGAUUGUUUAGGGCAAAGGGGUGGGGAGGGUGAGUAGUGUAGCUGGUAACCAGCUAACCUUACUUCUUUUUAAUAGGAUAAAGAUGUAAAAUGUAAACAUCUCUUAUAUUAUAUGCUCAAUAUAGAAUUAUUUAAUUCGCAUUUAGUUUCCUGAAGAUUUCAUACAGAUGUUAAUAGUAUAUUUUUAUCUUUUAUUUGAAUCAUACCUGAUGCUAUAUUAAGUGCUUUAUUUUCGUCGGUACAGCAUCUAAUGUUCCACAGCUCACAAACUGUCAGCAUAUGUUCAUACGUAUAUGUAUAUGCGAGGGGAUAAAAUGAUCUGAAUAAUCACAUUGUUUUUCAAGUGGUUAAAAACCUGAGAGGAAAUUCAGUGUACAAAUCCACUACCAUUACAUUCAGGGACUGUUCGUGCAUUCACGGCCAGUUUGCCGAUGUUGUUACUAGAUUAAAAUAAAAUCUGGAUACUCUCUCUUUAAACCAUAAAUUGCAUUUUGAUGGUUUCUGUAUAUGCUAUGAUUCAUUGUUUUGACAAAAGAACACACUAAUGAGUUUUAAAUUAUAUGAUAUAAAAUAUGAUUU